AUUGACAACUUGAUUAAAAAUUAGUUUAGUUAUUCUAUUUUAUUAUUUCAGGGUUUCACCUAAUUUAAAUGUGAAUUUCGAGGCACAGUUUUUGUUUAGUAACUUGGGCUGUAGCAAAUGGAGGGAGGUCAAAAUCCAGGGGAAUCCACAACUUUCACAACAAAAUUUUUUUUUUGUAAUUUCUAUCUAAUUUCUCACGCUAGUUUUCCUUGAGAGUUAGUGUAGUGUCAUCGAGUGCCCGAUGUUGUUGUCAUUGUUGUGAUUCGAACAAAAAAACUUACACUCCAAUUCAUCUGUCAAAACAAAAAACACGACAAUGUUUGCAAUUGCUUCGAAUUCUAUUGGUGCUGUCAUCAUCCGGACAGUGUUGUUCGCCAAAUUGGUAACAUCGCUGUUAACCACCACUAAUCGGAGCCAUUUGACAGAUGGUGCAAUGCGUUGCUACAGUUGCACUUCUACCGAAGAGGGUAGCCAAUGCGAGACGAACCCCUCCACCUUACCUCAUGGAAUAUUAGAUGGCUGCACGCGGGAAGCUUGCACGAUCGUGAGAGUAGAACAAUGGCCAUCUCAGCGUGUCAAGAGUUUCUACCGUGGAUGUGACGGGCGGACCAAAGUAUUUGAGCAGAACAAAUGCCAAAUCGAAAAGGAUGAAAGGACGUGCUUUACGGCUUGCGUGGGCGAUUUAUGCAACCACGGAAACGGCUUGGUCGACCACAUUGUUCAUUCAGGAUCGAUCCUUACCGGAUCUCGAGCUGACGGCUGGGUCUUAACGGUGACAACCGCUGUUCUCCUGGUUUUCUCCGCUAUAUUAUUAUCCGAAAAUCUGGGACAUCACCAAUGAAGAUCCUGGACGAGAGCACAAAGAAGUUGGAAUGGAAACACUCAAUCACGUUGCGCUGCCUCAAAACAAUAAAACUGAGAGUAAAGAGA